AAAUGAAGUUAUUGACUAAUAAUCAGUGUUACAUACCUUGCGUAGAUAUCUUACAAAAGAACGAAAAAAAUAAAGAAAACAAAUAAUACCACGAUUACAGCGUAUAAAUGUCACAUUAUUACCCUGCAGUAAAAUUGAGAACCAGUCCCAAAAAAUUUAGUUCCAGAGCUAGUCAUUUCGCAUCAGGUUUGGGACCAGUUGCGAAAACGACAAUUAAAAGACUGUUCGAUGUAUCGGCGCAACAGGUUAUUAUCGAUAAUCGCUCAUCUGCAAAACCAGCUGUUUACCCUGUGUGUUAAGUGUUACAUUUGCGAUUUGUUGUUAAAGUGAAUAAAAGUGAAUGAGAAUAAACAAAAUAAUGAGUAAGCGGAAUUUAAAGAGACUAAUUAAAAAACAAAGGGACAUUUACUUAAACAGUCUCAGUGGUGAAAAGUUUGACGAGGUAGAAAUAGCAGAAUCAGAAGUGAUUGGUGCAACAGGAGAAAUUCAGCCAGAGGUUGGGAUUGAAACAAACGGUGAUCCCAGAAGUUCCAGCUCUAACUGUAACCGCAGCGUUGUAAAUGAGCAAUUUCUCGCUUUUAAAGAGAAUAUCGGGAAGUUAAAAUCAUUUGUCUGUAAAAAGUUGGAUCAAAUGGAACAAACUCAACUUGCCCAUAAUAAAGCUGUAAUGACUGCGCUGGCGGAACAGAAAAUCGUCACGCAAAAGCUAAUUCGCCAGGAGUCAUUGGGAGCGCCAAUCGCAGAGCUUUUCCAACUUUCAAGUGAAGAAAGUCUAAAAGCGAUAGAGGAAAAAAUAUUGCCGGAGAAUCGGGAGAUUUACAUGUCCACCAUAAAGAGACUGCUGCAGCAAAGUGCCACCCUAAAUUUGAAGAAUAUAUUUGACGAUUCAGUUGUCCUCAGCCACAAUUUGGACGGGACGCACGGCAAGAAAAGACUCAAAACCUACGAGAAACUAUAUGCUGCUCUUCUGGAUUCAGUUUCUCAACUCCCGAAGGUCGAAAAUGCAGAGGACAACCUACGCAAGGCCAUCCGAAUGCAGAAAAAGCGCAUUUUUAAAACCAUAUCUGCAUCAAAAGCCACCACCCCUACUUAACUUUUUGUUUUCUUCACACUUUCUUUGAUUUUAAACUUUAUUACUUUCUUUGAUUUUAAAUUUUAUUACUUUCUUAAAUUGACCCAUAAGUUGCCUUAAUAUUUUAUACAUACAUAUAUAUCAGGCAUGUGCUGCAAAUCGUUUUCGCAUGAAAGUGUCACACAAACACGUAUUUGUCGUAUUGUUUCGGUGACAGUUUCAUGCGAAAACGAUUUGCAGCACAUGCCCGUAUGUACCUUUAUAUGUGCAUUGAAUUCAACAAUAGCAAAAAUUUUUCUAUAUAGAUAUGAAUUGACAUGAAAAACUGAGUUUUUAUAUUAUAUGCUAAUACAAUAUUUUUUAGUAUGAAAGUUGAAAGAGAACUGAAUUUUUAUGUUAAUAUUCCAUAUUAUAAGUGUGUAUUUUGUUAAUUUUAUGUGUGUCCAUAUAUUUCAAAACAAGAAAUAUAUCGGAAAGAAAACAUUAAAUUUGUGCUUUGAGGAGAAUUAACUUUUAUGUUUCAAAAAUAAAAAUAGAUAUAUACAUGUUUUGAAUUGAUAAAA